ACUUGUGUGAGCUCUUUUUUUCUUCUCUCUCUUAACCUUCUAACAGCAAGAAUGGGAAAGGUUCAUCUGAAGGACAAAGAAAUUAAAGAAAAGAAAACUGAGUUCAGCUUGGUGCGGGUAAAAAGUACCUGGAAGUGCAAACCAGGAAAAAAGAUUAAUAGGGAUGCAGUUGACUGUGUCUCUGAUGCAAAAAUUUCUGAGAGCAACACAGGAAAGGGGACUACUUGGACAGUCAAGAGCCCCAUUGUAUUUACAUACAAGGUAACUGAGAGUCCAGGCCUGCUGGACCCAAGCAAUGACACACUCUUACUUGGCCACAUCACUGACCCCCAGCAGUUAGAGGACAUUAAAAAAUCCAACAAGCCAUUAAGACGCUUUGUAGUCAUUGACCAAGAUGUCUACAAAAUCUAUGGUCCCAAGCUAACUGAAUAUUUGGAGGCCAACAAUGUCAAGUACAAGAUAUUGGCACUCCCCACCACUGAGGAAAACAAAUCCAUGGAAUUGGUUUUGAAAAUAGUGGAAGAGGUCAACAACUUCUCUCUUGACCGCCGCACAGAGCCCAUCAUUGCUAUUGGUGGAGGGGUGUGCCUGGACAUAGUGGGCCUGGCUGCCUCACUCUACAGACGACGCACCCCUUACAUCAGGGUCCCAACCACUCUACUCUCCUACAUCGAUGCAAGCUUGGGGGCUAAGACAGGGGUAAACUUUGCACAGUGUAAGAACAAGCUGGGUGCUUAUAUUCCUCCUGUCGCUGCCUUUCUUGACCUGUCCUUCAUACAAACUGUUCCACGACGACACAUCUCUAAUGGGCUGGCAGAGAUGCUAAAGAUGGCCUUGAUGAAACAGAGAGGCCUCUUUGACCUUCUUGAGAAACAGGGCCGUAUGCUGUUGGACACUAAAUUCCAGGCUGACAACACUGUAUGCGGACAGAAGGCUGCAUCACAAGCAACAUAUAUAGCCAUCAAAGUCAUGUUGGAGGAGCUUGCACCAAACCUUUGGGAGGACGAUCUUAACAGACUUGUGGACUUUGGUCAUCUAAUCAGCCCUGCAUUAGAGAUGAAAGUUCUCCCAUCUCUGCUGCAUGGAGAGGCAGUGAACAUAGAUAUGUCUUACAUGGUGUAUGUGUCCAAAGAAAGUGGUCUACUGACAGAAGAAGAAAAGCAAAGGAUCAUCAACUGCAUGGUGGACCUGGAGCUGCCUGUCUGGCAUGAGGCCUGUACCAUGGAGCUCAUACAAAGGUCUCUGCAGGACAGGCUCAAACACUCUGGAGGGCUGGUCAGAAUGCCCUUGCCUGUUGGUCUUGGUCAAGCUGAUAUUUUCAAUAACACAUCUAGUGAGAUCCUGCAAAGAGCUUAUGAAAAAUGGUGUGAUGACUUGGGCGUCCCCUCUGACAACCAGGAUGAUUAACAUGCCCAUGCUACAACUACCUGCUUCUGUAAUAUGAAAUGAAUGGAAUUCAUAAAAUGUACUCUUCAUAGAGAAAAUUAUAUUUUUGAAAAUAAAUUGUAAUCGAAAUAAUUUGCAUGCUGUAUUUUUUACUUUACGACAUCAUAGACCAGAUGAUGUUAUUUGUUAUGAUGCUUCUAAAAGCUUCGAUCAAACAUGUAUUCUUGCAGUUUUUCUUUGACAAUGCUGACAACACCAGAUGCUGCAUGUCUGUCAAUGAAUUCAAAGGAAUGGAAGUAGAUCAAUUAAUAAAAAAACACCUGAUUUCACUGUCAAAAAGGCUGCCUGUUGCUUUAAGACAGUGGAGAGUGAUUAACCAGCCAAUCAGUGGCCACCUGGCCAGCAGAGGAAGCUACCCAAACACAGCUCUCACACCAUCAGUGCCUGCUGCAUGUAGGAUGCAGAAUUUACACAUUACUUCUCAGUUCUUUGUAGAGUUUUUGGGGCUUGUUAGUGCGUGCUCCAUCUCAGGUAAUUUGUACGUCCAUUGAAUAGUAAGUUGUCUUAACUCUCUGUUUAUUUACUAAGUUAGAAGUUCCCCUGCUAAUUAACCUGAUAGGUUGCAGUUUUGUAGUUUUGCAUUCCUGUUUGACACUUGUAGCGUUACAUUUGAUGACAGAAGCGUGAUUAAGCACACAGUAAGAUUUCACAGUUAAGAGAUUGGUUUUCAUAGUUAUCUUAAAGAUAGAGUAUGUAAGUUUGAUGUGUGUACUUUUUAUGUUCUUUAAGAGACUAUACACACACACACACACACACACACACACACACACACACACACACACACAAACAUACCUUUAUGAAGAAGAUUGUUAUGUCUGGAAGCAGAUUACAAGCACUUUAAGUAAUAAAAGGACACUUCUAC